GUAUGAAUGUGGUGAGCUCUUCAAUUGAAUUUGAGUUUAGCACGUUUAAUUCGGAACCGGAGAAAUCGGACUCAGAAGUAUAGGAUUUUGGGCACUGUUCGGCAAACCCAUUUUUCCAAAAAUUUGGCCAGAAGACCCAAAUUUAUAUAAACCACAAACUUAUAGAGGUAUGCCGCUUUAAAAUCGGAGAUGACAUAAAAAAAUGAUGGGCUAUGAAGUGAAAAGCCUUCACUGCAAUUACUUUUUGCCCUUUUUGCAAUUACUUGUUUUUAAAAUUUAUAUAGUCCUAUCGAUAAAAGUGUUUCGAUAUCGAUUUUUUGUGCGCGGUUUACCAAUACUGUUAGACACAGUCUGGCAGCAUUGAUUGUCCACAAUUCUAAUUUUUAAAUCCAACCGAAAGGAAUUUCAAUUUGACAAGGCGCCAUAAAGAAGUUUAAAUUAAAUUAAGUCACGACUUGUGAAAGAGAGUCAUUUAACGCUGUCGUUGUCCCUGGCAUCCAAAAAAGUGCCUGAAGGAAUGGACACCCAAAAUUCACUGCCCCAACGAAAAUAACAAACCGCAUAACCAAUAGCAAUAACCGACAACAACCUUCCAGUUCGGAGCUCGUGGAAUGCGGCUCGGCAAGUUGGAGCCGUUGCUGCCACCAUUCCUUACCUGUGUGCGUGUGUGUGUGAAGCAGGAGCAGCAGCGUCGCGAGUGCUUGUGAGUUGAGCAGGUUUGCAGCACGGCACAGUGGGUCGGGUCCUGCAAUGCACCUCAAAAAACCUUUUCUUGGUGCAAAGUUUAGAAUUUUGACGGUAUUUUUGGCUUGGAAAGUAUAAAGGUGGCAAAAAAACGUAAGCAAUGAGCAUCUGCUUUUGCUAGGUAAUUUACAGUUCAAAUCGUUCUGCUUCCCAUCAAAAUUGUAGUCCAACUGGUUUUCCGGCGUUUUAAUAUAUUUUCAAAAUAUUUACUGUCUUUGACUCUUUUAAAUGUGUCUGAAUGUUCCACUUUUUCGAAUCGCAGUUGGCUACCACUGUGGCAAGCGGCAUUCGGAAUUGGCUCGUUCCACAGCAGAGGCUCACCUGUCCGUGUAAGCCGUGUCUGCAUGAGUGGGUGAGAGCGAGAGAGAGUUGUUAACUGGUUGGGCGAAUAGCUGCCGGCGGCCAGAACCGAUCCGUUCCGAUCCGAUCCGAUCCACUGUUCCGAAGCCCAAGAUCCGAUCCGAUAUUAGUCGUACUUUGUCACUCGAUCGGUCACCGCGUCCCAGGUCCAGUCCACUUGUCGUUGUGGCUUUGGUGUUUGGGUUUCGGUUUCGGUUUUGGAUCUGCUGUGGAUGAGGAAGAGCAGCAAAGCAGCAGUAGCAGGAGCAGGAACAGAAGAGAAUCCGGAGGACGAGGCUGAGGCUGAGUGAAGAGCUCGCGCCGCCUAUGGCAUACCCACAUUUUAGCCCGCGCUUUAUUCAUCCGCCAAUUAACUACUAUCAUCCGUCGCUUUCUUCGCUCGCCGAUGGCCAUGUAAAGGUCACAGGUCAAGAACGGAAAUUAAAGUACCAAAAAAGAAUCCGGAGGUCGAUUGUCCUGUUUGAUCACUAAGUCCUCGUCAUCCAGUGCAGAAUGUGAUCGGAGUGAGGGCGCCAAACCGCCGGAAAUGCUGAAGCACGCCUCGACGACGAGCAGUGCCGCAGCGGGCGCCAAUCCGCUGGCCACUUUGCUGGGCGGCCAGCUGCUGCGCACCGCUGCCAACAGCAGCAGCAACAUCAAUUGCAAUGGCAACGGCAACGGCAAUGGGAAUAGCAAUUGCAAUAGCCACACGAACAGCAACAGCAGCAGCAGCAACAACCACACGGGAAGCAGUGGCCAGAACACACCGCCAGUGGUGGAAGCGGAAGCGGCAAAUGCAGGAUCAGCAGCCACUGGUACGUGCAACAUAUCCACCACCACCGCCACCACCAACAACAACAUCAGCAACAACAUCGGCAACAUCGGCAACACCUGCAAUGCGACGACAAACGGUGGUGGGUCGCCGACACCCGCAGCAGCUGCUGCUGCUGUGGCAACCACCGCGCGCAACAUCCACCUGCGACCGCCGCAGCCGCAGCCGCUGAAUAUAUCCGCGCUGAACGCCUCCGUUACGAGCACGCUGCUCAACAACGGCAACCCCGCCAAUUCCACGCUGCUGAACAUCGCCACGCCGAGUACGCCGCUCAAGCCGCUCACCCCGCUCACUCCGCUCACCCAGCUGACGCCCAACGGGCACUUCCUGGGCAACGGGAGCGUGCACCAUCACACCUACACCAACCAGCACAUACUGGCCAGCAGCAGCAACGGCCUUCAGCAGCAGCAGCAACAGCAGCAGCAGCAGCAUCAGCACGCGCAGCAGCAGCAUCAGCAUGCGCAAACGCAGCUGCAUCAGCAACAUGCGCAGGCGCAAACGCAGACGCACAAUCUCAGCCAGGCGGCGCACAACUACAGGAGCUACAGCCACCUGAACGCGAAUCCCGUGCGCCACAAGGUGCCCAAGUCGGGUCCUUCGCCACGCGAGGCGCUCACCAGCUUGGGACUGCUCUGUUUGAUUUCCCUGCUCCUGGCGCUGCUCUCGCUGAUCUUCCUGCUGCGGAUCUCGCCGAACGGACGCGAGGAUGCAGUGGGUCGUGGCCCGAGUGGCGAGGACUUCAUCGUGGUCUACGACGUGACCCUGGCCCUGGGCGCCCUGUCGCUCUCGCUGAACCUCUGCUGUUUGCUCGUGUGCGCCAUUCAGUUCCUGUUCGCGGUGAAGCUGCGCGAACCGUCGUUCGAGGGACGGGAGAACCAGUACCUGGCCAAGUCGAGUGCCAGUCGGACGUGCGCCGUCAGCGGCUUCUUCAUCUCGAUACCGGUCUUCCUCACCGGCCUGAUCCUCUACACCUUCAGUCACUUCCACUCGACGCCGGCGAUCGUGACCAGCCUGCUGAUCGGCGUGGGAAUCGUCUUCUGCGGCGGCGCCAUGGUGCACAAUGUGUUCGUUUGGCAGCGCGAGAAGACCAUCAGUUAUCGCGGCGCUUCGCUGGCGCACCACAACCUCUCGGUGAUUUCCACGGCCCCGCUGCCUGUGCCCUUGCCACUGCCACUGGCGCUGCCGCCGUCCAGUGGCUAUCAUCCGUAUCCGGGCCACCAGAGUCAUGCGGGCCACCAUUUGGUGCCGCCUUCAGUGACGGCAGUCUCGCCCAAUCACUCGCAUGGAAGUUUCAAUCCUUUGCUAAGCAACAAUCUGCUCAAUGGAGGCGGCGGCGGCGGAGGAGGGGGAGGAGGAGGAAUGGGAGCCAUUAACUCGUCCUUUCUGGUGCGUCCCGCCACGGCCACGCCGCCAACGCCCACGCCGAGGUUGACGGGCGCUCGCGAGGCCAGCGGCUCGGUCAGUCCGGGCAUCCCGCCAACGCUGGACAUGAGCAACAUCACCGUCCUGCUGCACGAGCUCUCCACGCUCGUCUGAAUCCCUGUUCGGGAUAAGGAUCAGGAAGCAGGAGGAAUAGGAUUAGCCACUAGACUUGUUAACAGACGACACAGCCACCGCCCCCGCCUUCAGCUUGCCGAAAUCUAGACAUAAGCCCACACACUCGCCACACUGUAAAUAUAUUUGUACAUAUGCGCAUCCGACACUCGAAACUCGAACAGAAUAACAUCGUUGUAAGCGAAAAAGCAAGAGAAGCAGCUGCCUGGCCAUUUUAAUUCAAUUAAAUCCACCGGUUAGCGGAUCAAUGUAAGCAAUCAGAUUUGUUAAAACAAACCCACAUCAAGGGGGGAAUUAAAUGU